GUAGCGGCAACAGACGGGGCUUGCCGCUGCCGCGUCAAAGACACAUUUUAGCUAUGGCAUUAUUCUACACUGCGCGUCCAAUACGCCGCACACACUGGACGGCACCUACAACAAUCCACUGAGUAAUGACAGAACAAGACAUUCCUUAUAUGGGAGCAACGGGGGAGGACCUUGGACACAACUGCCUCUCUCGCCUGGACCAAGAAAUCUGUGGCGUUCGUAUCGGCAACAUCGGGACUGUUCUCCCCGUGUGAUUGGAUGGUCGGCCUGUGGGUGCAACUCAACACGCCAGUGAUGCCAGCCCAGGAGAGCAGACCCUGAACCAUGGGCAACGUGGAGAGCCAGAACGGCGACCACGCCUUCUACGGUGCCCAGCAUGGCCACCUCGCCCGCAAGCACACUUCUCGCUCCCUGCGUAUCUCCAACAAGCAUCGCCCAUCCGGCUCUGGUUCCGACCGCCGCUCCCGCGACCGCUACGCCUCGCAGGGGAAAGUAGAGCAUCAUAACUCGGAGACGUCCACGCGCUCCAGCAGCACUCCCAGCAUACCCCAAUCUCUGACCGACCACGCCCUGGAGCCCUUCAACCAGACCCAUGUCCUGUCGGACUUCUCCUCUCCCAUCUGGGUGGACAGAAUGGCCAUGAACCUCCGACCGCUCUCCUUCAACAACCCCCUGGACCACCCCUCCGUGGGACUCGAGCCAGACACAGCGUCCCCCGGGGCUGCACCCCACAGCCCCCAGGACUAUCACGGCCCCCAGAGCCCCGGGGCUGCACCCCACAGCCCCCAGGACUAUCACGGCCCCCGGAGCCCCAAUUACACAGCAGCGGUGACCUACCUCCAGAAAACCAGAGACGGGCCCAGAGAACACAAGGACGGGGUCAGCUUCAAGAAGAAGAGGUCCAAGUCAGCCGACAUGUGGCGGGAAGACAGUCUGGAGUUCAGCCUGUCAGACCUCAGCCAGGAACACCUCACCAGCACGGAGGAGAUGAUAGACACCGAGGAGGUCGACGACCGGGACUUCCCGGAUUGUGACGGGCUGCUGGGCCUGGCCUCCCCCGAGGGGCUGGAUCCAACCGGCCGGACGAAUUCCCUGGACCAGCUGGCCCGGCGGCCCGCUGGACGCUACGCCAAGUGGCACCGUGAGGCCAGUCGGGUGGCCCGGGAGGGGGAGGACGAUAAAAUGCUUUCCCCGUCGGAGGAGGAUGGGAACUCGUACGGGGCGUACACCCUGCCCUGCCGGCGCUCACACUGCUUGUCAGAGGGGCUGAGCAAACAGCAGACUGAGACCAGUACCAUCAUGCAGGGGCGCCGGGCGCAGACCAUACAGGAUGUGACGGCGGGCGAGGGGAGCGAGUAUGAGGACAGCGGUGUCGACGUGGCGACAGCCGAGCGGGCGGGGCACCAGGGCCGGCGUUACAAGACCAUGUCGAUGUCCUUCUCUGUGUGCUCGGCUGCUGGGCGGAGCAUGUUCGCUGGCAGCGACAGCGGCAGCAGCAGUGGAGGGGCGCCCAGCGAGGGCGUCCAGGGGGUCUACGAGAACUUCAGACAGGAGUUGGAGAUGAGCUCGUGUCAGACCGAGAGUCUGGAGGAGGCGGGCUCAGCGCUUAGUGAUGAGCAGAGCACCAUGAGUUCAGCCUACCAAUCAGAUCCGCUGCUCAGUGUUGCUCAGGGAACUGUGCGGAAGGCAGGCCGUCUGGCUGUCAAGAACUUCCUGGUUCAUAAGAAGAGCAAGAAAGUGGAGUCAGCCACCAGGAGGAAGUGGAAGAGCUACUGGGUCUGCCUCAAAGGAUGUACUUUGUUCUUCUACGAGACAGACGGGCGUUCAGGGAUCGACCACAACAGUGUUCCCAAACACGCGGUGUGGGCUGAGCACAGUAUCGUCCAGGCCGUGCCUGAACACCCCAAGAAGGACUUUGUCUUCUGCCUGAGCAACUCUCUGGGAGAUGCAUUCCUCUUCCAGACUUGCAGCCAGACAGAGCUGGAGAACUGGAUAACAGCUGUCCACUCGGCGUGUGCGGCAGCGGUUGCUAGGCAGCACCACCGCGAGGACACGGUCCGCCUGCUCAAGGCUGAGAUUAAGAAACUGGAGCAGAAGAUUGACAUGGAUGAGAAGAUGAAGAAGAUGGGAGACAUGCAGCUCUCUGCUGUUACUGACAACAAGAAGAGGAAGGCCAUACUGGAUCAGAUCUUCCUCUGGGAACAGAAUCUGGAGCAGUUCCACAUGGGUCUGUUCCGGUUUCGCUGUUACCUGGCCAGUCUCCAGGGAGGGGAGCUGCCCAACCCGAAACGCCUGCUGGCCUUCGCCUCCAGAACCACCAAACUGGCCAUGGGACGCCUGGGGAUCUUCUCCGUGUCGUCGUUUCACGCUCUGGUGGCGGCCCGGACAGAGAGUGGUGUAAGGAGGCGCACCCACGCCAUGUCUCGUUCCUCCUCAUCCAAACGUAAGAGCAGGUUCUCCUCCCUCUGGGGUCUGGACACCACCUCCAAGAAGAAGACUAAAGCCCAUCCCAGCAUCAACCAGGUCUUUGCUGAUGGCGAGGAGCCCUUGGAUGGGACCUAUAAUGCCGACUCUGCCAAGGAGAGCGUGCAGGGUGAUGAGGGAACAGUGAAGAGCCUCCCUCGGGUCAACACAGAGAGUACCAUGACCGACAGUGACAUCUGGGUGCCUGACCACCUGACCCCGUCCUGGGUUUGUCUUCCCAACGACCAGCCAGUCCUCACCAUCAUACAGCCAGGAGAGUCUGCCCUGGAUGCCCUGGAGACCAUCUGCAAGGCCCAUCAUCUGGAUCCCACCAAACAUUACCUCCGCCUCAAGUUCCUCAUCGACAACCAAGUCCAGUUCUACAUCCCCAAACCAGAGGAGGAUGUGUGUGACUUGCUAUAUAAAGAGAUAGAGCUGUGCUCCAAGAUCACCAAAGUCAUCCAGUUUGACCGUGAUGAGUCCUGCAUGAUAGGUUACGGGUUCUCCAUCUCUGUGGUGGAAGAAGAUGCUGUGCAGCAGCUGUACAUUACUGAUGUGAAGGCAGGAGGAUUAGCGUUCGCUAAAGGUCUGAAUGCGGGCGAUGAGAUCUUGCAGUUGAACGGGAAGGACUCGCACAGUCUGAACUUCUCGGACAUGAAGACAGCCUUCACCCAGGCCUCAUUGUCCCUGACUGUUAACACUCUGCCCUCCAUGGACCGGCGGCAACUCUGCUACCUGCCCCCUCGACGCUCAGAUGCUCAGGACGACCUCUACACAGACAUCUUCUCUAUGAGCCAGGAGGAGAUUUUGGACGACGGGGUCGGCCUGACCCUGGAGAGUUCUGGAGACAGCCUGGACGAUGACUCUGAGAUCUUCAGCGAGGUGGACCGAUGCAGAAAGAGGAGCAAGCGCUCCUCAGAGUCCAUCUAUGACGUGCUCCAUCUGAGCACGGAGCAAGUCGCAGCUUUCUGCCGCAGUCUCCAUGACAUGAAUCCUUCGGAGGGCGCCGCGACGUCUUCAUCCCCCAGUCCGGACUCUCCCUUCCCUCCCGCCCUGGGCGCCGCCACACGACAGCUCUCAGACGCCGACAAGCUACGCAAAGUCAUUUGUGAGCUGGUGGAGACAGAGCGCACCUAUGUCAAAGAUCUUAACUGUCUCAUUGGGAGGUUCUUAACCCCACUGCAGAAGGAGACCUGCCUCACUCAGGAUGAGCUGGACAUUCUGAUCGGGAACCUGCCUGAGAUGGUGGAGUUCCAGGUGGAGUUCCUCAAGACCCUAGAAGAUGGUACCAGAUUGGUUCCAGAUCUGGAGAAGCUAGAGCGAGUGGACCAGUUCAAGAAAAUCCUCUUCUCACUGGGCGGCUCAUUCCUCUACUACGCGGACCGGUUUAAGAUCUACAGUGCGUUCUGCGCCAGUCACACUAAAGUGCCCAAGGUGCUGGUGAAGGCAAAGACAGAUGCAGAUUUCAAGGCAUUUCUGGAUGAGAGGAACCCUAGACAGCAGCACUCCUCCACGCUGGAGUCCUACCUGAUCAAACCCAUCCAGAGGGUCCUGAAGUACCCCCUACUGCUGAGGGAGCUCUACUCUCUCACCGACCCUGACAGUGAAGAACAUUAUCAUCUGGACGUUGCCAUGAAGGCCAUGAACAAGGUGGCCAGCCACAUCAACGAGAUGCAGAAGAUCCACGAGGAGUUUGGAGCCGUGUUUGACCAGCUAAUAGCCGAACAGAGCGGAGACAAGAAAGAGGUUGCUGAUCUGUCGAUGGGUGACUUGCUGCUGCACACCAGCGUAGCUUGGAUUAACCCGCCGUCCUCCCUGGGAAAGUGGAAGAAAGACCCACAGUUGGCUGCUUUCGUCUUCAAAACAGCUGUGGUGUUUGUGUGUAAGGAAGGCUCCAAGCAGAAGAAAAAAAUUGUUGGCUCCCAUCGGGUGUCGUCAGGUUCCUUCGAAGACAAGGACCCAUUCCGCUUCCGUCACAUGAUCUCCACAGAUACACUCCAAGUCCGAGCCCAUAAUAACCAAGAUGGAGAGGGUUCUGCUGUGUGUGAGAUAGUCCAUGUGAAGUCUGAGUCUGAAGGGCGGCCGGAGAGGAUAUUCCACCUGUGCUGCAGUUCCGUGGACAGUAAAAAAGACUUCCUGAAGACGGUCCAUUCCAUCCUGAGAGACAAGCAGCGUCGUCAGCUGAUGAAGACCGAGUCUCUUCCUCCCAACCAGCAGUACGUCCCCUUUGGAGGCAAACGCCUCUGUGCCCUGAAAGGUGCCAGGCCAGCCAUGAACAGAGCAGUGUCGGACCCGGCGAGAACCCUGGGUCGAAGAAAGCUGGUGCGGAACCGUUUCACAAUUGACACUGACAUUGUCUUCGACAACGAGCCGGACCAGCAAUCUCCUCUGUCCCCGCUGUCGCCCGCUGAUCCCAAGGGGCAGGCGGACAGACGGGGACCGGGGGAACUGCAGGGACAGGCGGAGGUUCAGGCGGGAGACACAGACCGCUGGGUGGAGGAGCAGUUUGACCUGGAGCGCUACGAGGGGGAGCAGGAGGCUCGGCCGGCUGAAGGGCGAGGAGACGCCGUGAAAGAGACCGACAUCCUGAGUGACGACGACGAGUUCUGCCAAUCGGUCAGAAGACCCUCCCCUGAAGCCCCGCCCACCACAGGCCUGGAGGCCCCGGUAAAGGCCCUGUCCCUGGGGGAGGAGGGCCCGAGGGGGAGCCCUGAACAUCCCCAACCCCAUGGAGCCACCAACCCAGGGAUGAGGCUCUCCGCCCUGGGUAAAUCAUGUACCCUGGCUGUGGUGAGCGUGGAUGACCAGGGGGCACCAGAGGGGGGGGAGGACAUCUGGGUACGCAGGGAGGACUGUCCUGUGGUCUCAGACGCUCAGACGCAACAUAGCUAGAGAGAGAGAGAGAAGGAGGGAGGGAGGGAUGGAGAACCAGACCAGCAGAAAGCUACAGACGGUGUGCCUCGGCCUUGGACAGAGCUUCACGUACUUUGCGUUCCAAGUGGCGCCCUUCUCAUUGAGUGCAUUUCCUUCAACAUAGGUGCCCACAGGGCUCUGGUUGAAAGUAGGGCACGAUGUAGCAGGGUGUCAUUUGGGACCAAUGGGCUUCGGGGGAGGGUCAGUGGACUCUCAUUCAGCCAAUCAGAAACAGUCCCCCAGUAAUGCAUGUGCGCACACAUAUUCACGGGCUACUUCAAGACGUCUCCUACUUUGCUGGUCCGGGUGAAUGCCCUGUCUGGUGUAACAGCGUGCUAAGCUGAUGCCUCGCCUUGGGGAGGAGUACUGGAAUACGGAGAGAGGAGGAGUUUUGUCCCGUCAGCCAAUCAUCAUUGAGGGGUCCUGUCAACCACUGGAAGUUGUGCGAAAGCCGUUCAAGCUGUGAGAGACUGACUGACUGACUGACUGAUGGACUGACAGAUGGUACAAUCAUGGAGCCUAAUCAAUACUGUGGUUUGCACAAUUGGGCAAAUUCCCAGGGCACUAUAAGUUCCUGCCUAUUUUUGCCAAAUUUGGAUAUUUGUUAAGUCAAGACAUGAAACCUUGUCUGAGAGACUGAGUUGUAUCAUAACGAAGGGCUGUAUAUUAUUUUAAUGUCCUUUAAGAGAUGAAAUAAUAAAUAAUGGCCCAGGACAUACAGUCUAGUCGAGUCUUGCAAAGUUUACUGUACUUGUAGGUUGUCACAUUCAUAUUCUAGCUACACAGAUACUAUUUGGAGCAGUUUACCUUCUUGGUUGUGUAUAUAAUUUGUACCACAUUUGUUGCAAACCGAAAAACUGGGGUGUAUUAAUUUGUUGGAUUUCAUCAGACAGGUUUAGUGUGUUGCAAAACAUUUUGGAAUUAAAUGACAAAUAACCUACCUUAAUGUGACCAAUAGAAACAGUUGUUAGUACAACCAGACAAAAGUUUUUACAACAAAAUCUGACUACUGAUUACAACCCCAAGCUAGCUUUUAAGUAAGACUAUUUAGUUUGAUAAUGUUUUAAAAUCCCAAUCUUUACAGACGAUAAGGUGUUUCAACUGUGUUUUAACUUAACAAUAUCCUGUUUUACUUGAAUUGUGCUAUAUUUUUUCAUUUUUAAUGUCUUUCAGCUCUUUUAAUUUUUACUUGUCAUUUUGUCAACCAUGGACAUAUACUGCUCCUCAUUCCAUCUUUUCUGAUAAUAUAUAUACACACACACACACACACAGUAACGUCAAAGCCAUGUAUUUUCUAAAUAUAUAUGGCUGUCUGUUACUAUAAUUAUUAACACUUUGUGCACAUUCUUUGUUGUGGAAAUCUUGUCACAUACAUUCAUACAUUGUUUUUUUUUCUGUUUAGAAAUGUUGUUCACUGUUGUUUACCACCAAUAAUGCAUUUUGAAAGCCAUGUUUUUAUUUAUUUUAGUGAAUUGGUGUUGAUGAUUUUUGCCACCAGACCCAAAAACUUUAUUCCAAACUUGCUGGAUGCAAUCAAGAUGGAGAUGUCUAAACUAGUGGAAAGAAAUGUUUAAGAAGAAAUCCUAUAAUAAUACUCGUGAAACUGCCCAUUGUGCUAAGACUGUCAUUUUUAUGACUAUCUAUGUAAAUAGAACAAUGUAUUGAUAUAUCAAAUAAAUUGGUUUCCUACUUA